UUUUUGCUUUGGCUUUAUAUUUUAAAGACGUUAGUUGAAAAUUAAAUAUUCUGGAUAGUCGUUAUAUUUCAGUGUUUCUCGGUUGAAUUUUCAAAUUUGAAUAGCUGUUCAUCAAAAAUAUGUUGAAACUUGUAUGGUAUGGUGCGCUUUUAUUGCAUAUUUCAUUUGCAACGAUUGUGACGUGUAAAGCAAUAAAUGUCGAUGAUGAUGUUAAGUCCUUGCUUAUGCCGUAUGUUAAUUCCCUACUAUUUUGGACAAACACAACAUUGGAAAAUAGUUCGUCUAACAUCGAUGAUGUUGAAUGGGGCACAAAGAUUGUGGUUGGCAACAGAACCUUUUUUGUGAAUACAAAUAAACAACUCAAUUGGCAUCAAGCAGACGAGUACUGUAAUAAUCAUAGCAUGUUUUUUGUUGCUAUUAUGUCGAAAGAGGAGGACGACGCUAUUGUGGAAUACAUGAAACGAAUUCAUCGUAGGUUGAUGGCGUUUGUUUAUAUUUCAACUGUUCUUUGAAAAAUUAACGGACAUUUGGUUCCCACAAGCGCUACUUUUAUUUUAAUAUUUGUGCCUUUAACCCUUCAACUCAGGUACUGAAAUACCACUUUGGGUAUAUGCUAAUAACAUAAAAUCGAAAGAAUACAUUUGGUCGAGAACUGGAGCAUCGAUUGAACGUGGGUAUACUAACUGGUACCCUAAUGCACCUAAUAAAUUAGAGAGAAAUGGCGAGGUUCAACAUUGCCUAGAGAUUAAUUAUAAGGGCAAAUGGAAUGACUGGUAUUGC